UUAAUUUCUUAUGAAGUUUGCAAUGUUAUUUUGAAUAUGACGGACAUUUUGUGAAUUACAUUACUUAAAAAGAGAUACGGAAUAAAUGUACAUUGGAAAGCUAAAGAUGUUAUCAACUUGAUCUGGUUAUUACUAUGGAUACCGUUAUUUAUAUUUGGGAUUCCUCCAAAAAGAAGUUUGGACAUGCGUCUAUGGAGCUUAGCGAUGGAACCUAUAUCAGCUGGUGGCCAAGACCAGAGGCACACAGUCUGUAUACGGAAGUAAAAUUAACCGACAAAGGACGACCUCCAGUAACAAAAACAGUUGUAGUGAACCCUUGCAAGAACAUGCGCAUGGAUACACUUCCGGCAGUAUGCUUUAUCAAAGUACGACCAAUCCUUGCAGAUUCCUAUAUUGAUGACGUAGAAUUGAUGGGUGAUAAAGCUGAUCACGUGGUCAUGUUGAGAAAGAGGCUGCUCGACGAGGAUCGGGUAUAUCAUUUCUGGAAGAAAACCAAGGAAGUUCACCAGCCGUACAUCCUUGGAACGAAUAACUGCGCAGACAUGAUAUUUAGAGCGCUAAGGAUAGGUGGAGCCACUGCAUAUGUACCAGAUCCAGGUUUCGCCUACAUUUGGACGCCACGUCGACUUUAUAACUACGUCGAAAGAUUCUCAUUUUUAGCCAUGGUUUUAAAUUCUAAUUCAAGACUCGGAGAAUAUUUCGAAAUGAACGAUAUGCCUCGUCAUAAAAGAAAACCCAUCAAGCAGGCUUACGAAUCGUCAUAGAGAGACACCAUUGCAUUCAGUCAAAGCAACAGCACGUGUCAGAUGGUCCUGAAGCCCAUGAUUGGAAAGGAAAACUUACAACUGUGAUAGCAAUGUGAAGGUUAUCACGUC